GGCCUCCUCCACAUACAAACGGACGCCGCGCCCCCGCCGUCUCUCCAUGGCGCCGCCCCUGCUCCUCCCUUUCCCCGCCCUUGACCGACGCUCACCGAGCUCCCCACAGCCCCCAUGGCGCCGCCGCUUCCUGCUGGAUCUCCUAAACAGUCGCGGGCUGGGCGGCGGCGCCACCCCCGGAUCUGGAACGGGCUGGGCGGUGUGAACAGGAGCAGCGACGGCCGUCGCUGCCUCUAGUCGGUUGGCCGGGGGCGCGACGUCCUCCGGUAGUUGACCAGCGCGGGGAAGUUGGCGGUUGGUGGCGGACGUUGCCGGCGAUUUGAACUACGCGAUAGCUUAUCAGCUGGACCAGGUACUCAUUAUACAUACUCCUAUUAGAAAAGGGAGGAAGGUGGAACGAAGCAGAAAUAGCAUCAGCUCCAUGUCGUCAUUAUGUGUGCGUACAUGGAAACGAUGAGAGAAAUCUCCAACAUGUGCGGCCUACCUUACUACAUCAUGUCGUCACUAUGUGUGAAGACCCACCGCUUGUCCGCAGUAAGCAUGUUCGUUGGUUCAGACUCGAUCCGCCUGCAUAUGCAAUGUUGUCAUGGUGGCAACAGGAUGUGAUGGUUGUCAAGCAACACGUCAACCUUAAUUAGCAAGCCGCCUAGCCAGCAUGAGGACUGACAUCUUUUCCCCAUGGAGUGUCUCCGCCUGACGUCCGUUUCGGGCGCCGCAUGCGGCAGGCUGCAGGCGGCGGCGGCGGCCGUCGCUCUCAGGACAGCGGCCAACUCUGACGAGCUCCUCGCCCGCCUACUCCAUCAUGGCAGAAACCUGGUGUUGGACAACACUGACAUUCAGCAACCAGAUGAUGCUGCUGCUGAAGCUCACUUCUUCCUUCCCAAUGCCAAUUUGAAAGAACCUGCUGAGAAAAUGGUCAAUGUCCACAGACCUCUUUCUGAUCUUCACCAUGAAAUGGACGAUUUCUAUCCAGUUUGUUCUGUGAUGCCCAGCCAGAGUAUUACUGACAAGAAUCACAAUGUCAUAGUUACUCUGGAUCACUCUCAGCAAUCAAAUGCUAAUCCCUCCGGUAAAAAAUGUGUGAUAAUUACGAGCAGACGUUUCACUUCCCCUGUUUCUGCUGCUGACACAACUGCAGAAGCUCCACUUUCCAAUGAUUCUCCAGAUGUGCAGAUUUCUGAUGAAAGGAAGUUCGACGUGAGUUGCCGUCAAUUGUGUAAAAAUGUCGAUGAUGAUUCUAAUAGCAUUAUCAGUUCUGCAAAGUCUCAUGACAAUCGCUCUUCCGAUUAUACCCCCGCAUCCAAAGUUCAGUAUGUAAUCAAGGUUAGCACUAGUUCUUCUAGAAGAAAGAAAACACCUCAUGAUCCGAGGAGAGUUCUUCUCUCAUCCAGUCCUUCUGUCCCUGAAACAAAUCGAUUUCCAGUCUCUGCUCUUGAGAGGAGAUAUUAUGCGGUGUUUUGCAGACUUGCACGGAGUGAAAGAUAUCAGUGCAUGACUGCCAUUAUAUAUCGCAAGGUCCGCUGCUCCUACCUCUCUCUUGGUCAGUCAUUGAUGCCAGGGGGUCAUGUCAAUAACUUUCUGAUUUCUGUUUUCUGCCGGAAAUUGUUUGAUGAUUGCCAUCCAUCAGUUUCUAAAAAACAUUACUUCUUCUCUUAUAUUGGGGAAAACAUUCUAAAAUACAAUAAUAAAGAUCAGUUUAAACUCAUAGAAAAUACUUUUAAAGGUGCAAGUCUAGUAAAGAAAAUUGAUGCAUGUGAACUGCUAUUCUUUCCUAUAUGCCAUUGUAAGCACUGGUUUUUAUUUGUUGUCGACCUGCAAAACCGUCAAUUUGUAUUUAUGGAUUCCUUGUUCCAUAAGAAGUCUCGUUAUCAAGUUGUGGUCAGCGAGAUGCUUGUUGGUAAUUUCCAACAUUUGUGGAAGGAGAUAGUUGAUCCAGAGUAUAUCUUCGAUAAUUUCAGAAUUGUCUAUCCUGAUAUGCCAAGACAAGGAAACGGGAAUGAUUGCGGUGUCUUUGUGAUGAAAUGUAUGGAAAUCUGGACUCCUAGAGUUGUUCUUCAUGAUUAUUUCUCAAGAGUCAACAUUCCAAAUAUACGGAUACAAUAUGCGAAUCAGCUGUUCUUCAGUUCUAAGAAUGCCGCUGAUAAGUCUCUGGUAACACAUUUCCUUCGAGAGGGCAAAUUUCAUCGUGUCAGAAAGAGUGUAACUUCAGAGUCCAACGCGUAUCGGUAACCAGGACAGAGGAGAAAUAGAUAUUGUUUCAUAGACGAAUGUGUCUCAGUAAACAGGACAUAGGAGAAAUAGAUACUGUACUAGGACCAUGCCCGCUUGUUGCCGCAGAAAAUUGUGAUUACGUUUUCAUUGAUGGUUUUAGCCAAAUUAGUUGUAUGUCAUCUAUUGUUAUGGUGCAGUAAACAUUGGCGAGAAACAAAGAAUGACAUGCACCUA